CAACGUUGCCAUUUCUAUCGAGAACUCCUAGUAGUGGAUAGUAGGGGUUAGUAGUGGAAUUACAAAUAUUGGGUGACGUUUUGGUGCGGGGUGCAAAAGUGAGAAAAAAAGUAAAAUCGGGAGAAUACAAAUUUGGAUCGUCUUACUACACGACGCGCGAAUCAUGUGUCUGUCUGACGUCGUGAUUCCAAGGUUGCAUCUUAGCAUCUUGAUGUCUUUAUUUGCGGCAUUCCUGCCAAUUACGCAAUAACCAGCCUUCACGAUGUGAAACACUUCGUAUAAGGACCGCGCGUGACUCCAUUCGACAGUUUUAUUUCUCGAUGGUCAAUCGUGGACAAACUGUUACCAGCAUGAGCUUUUGGUCUCGCAGACGAUUUCGCAUCACUCCGCUACGAGCGUUGGCGGCAUUAUUUCUGAUGAUCAUGCUGUUCUGGUAUAGCCUCAGUCGGCAAGAAACACCUAGGCAACCAUGCAGCGUACCUGAGGAAUUUACGGAAAAACUACACGAACUUGCCUACAGGGUUCAUUUGGUGCUAGCGAAACUGGACAUCGUGCACUUUCUGUGCCUCGGAGGGCUAUGGGGUCAAGUUCGGAUCGGUCGUGCCUUGCCAUGGGCACGUAAGGUCGAGCUUUGUAUGGUUGACACGCUCAGAGACGAUGUUUUAAUCACGAAAGCAUUCCGCGAAAUUGGUCUCAGCGCUACGUACUUGCACGCGGCUGGAGUAUAUCGUAUUCAAGAGCACGAGGUUGGGGAAGAUGCGCCCAAGGUGGAGAUCGUGGUUUUUGAAGAAGAUGCCGUGACUCAAAUGUUAAGAAGAGUCGGUUGGACAAGAAGAGUACUGCCUCCAGAUUGCGAAUUUUCUCCCAGUCUACAAUGUUUUCCACCUCAACUCGUAAUUCCUCCUUUACCGGCUAAGCAAUUUGGUGGUCGAUUAAUUCCUGUCCCUAGAGAAGGCAUCGAAUUGCAAAAGUAUCACUAUCCAAACGAUUGGUGGCUCGAGGUGAAACCCACCGAUUGUACCGAACCCCAAGAAACGAUUGCGUAGUACUACAAUUUUCUAGACACAAUGUAUUCCCAAUGUAGCAACAAAUUGAUUUCGAACAGCCAGUAGAAAAUAUGCUCCAGAACUGCUAAAGAAAAAACAAUGGAUAUUUCUUCUUUUAAUUUUGUUACGAAAU